GGCCAUCCUAACUGAUGGCGGUGGGAGAUGAGCACCAAGGUCCCCGGGCUCCCAGCGGGACUCUGCCCCACACCCUGAAGAUCCCUCCCUGUCACCCUAAGCUCAGAACCCGGCCCCGCCUCUCGCCUUCUGCAGUCCUCACUGCCCAGCCUUCCCCAAAGCUCAGGCCUGGACUGCGCUUAUUGGCCCAAGACCAUCGUGACUCCCCCCGCCACACCAUGCCAGCCCCUCCCCACAACUUCCUGCCCGUGCCCUCCAGAUCUUUCCACUGCUCUCAGGACCCAGGAUCAGACCUGCUUCUGCUCUCGGCUCCUUUCUGUCAUCUCAGAACAGCUCCGGGUCCCUGGCUAACCGAAUGCCACCUACUCCUGCAGAGGAAGAAGAAUACGUACAUAUUCUCGCGGACAGUCCUGAAGGAGCGCUGUGUCAGGAUCCUAGACGAGACACGUUAGGAGGCCUGGGGGAGGACCCACAGAGCCCGCGGACACUGAGGCUGCUCCUGGUGGGGAAAACGGGCAGCGGGAAAAGCGCCACAGGAAACAGCAUCCUGGGCAGGAGAGAGUUCGAGUCUAAAGUCAGCACACGACCGGUGACCCUGAGCCUCCAGCGGGGCAGCCGCAGCUGGGCCGGGCGGGAGCUCGAGGUGAUCGACACCCCCGACAUCCUGGGCCCGCGGGCCGGCCCGGAGGCGGAGGCAAGGGCCGUCUGCGAGGCGAUGGCCUUCUCAGCGCCCGGGCCGCACGCCGUGCUGCUGGUGACACAGCUGGGCCGCUUCACCGAUGAGGACCUGCAGGCAGUGCGGCGCCUGCAGGAGGCCUUUGGGGUGGGCGUGCUGGCGCACACGGUGCUGGUGUUCACGCGCAAGGAGGACCUGGAGGACGGCUCGCUGGAGGAGUACGUGCGCGACACGGACAACCAGCACCUGGCCCAGCUGGACGCCGUGUGCGCCCGCCGCCACUGCGCCUUCAACAACGGGGCGGCUGGCGCCCAGCAGGAGGCGCAGCUGCGGGAGCUGCUGGACAUGGUCGAAGGGGUCCUGUGGGAGAACGAGGGCCGCCCCUACAGCUACCCGGCCUACCGGCGCUACCCGCAGCUCGGCCCGCUCGGGGACGCGCGGGACACGCAGGUCGGCUGCGGACAGGGCUCCGACCGGGCGCCCCUGCAGGAGGCCCUGCUGGAGGGACUGUGCCAAUUCCAGAAGGAAUUCCAGAAGGCUCACAGGCACCUGCUGAAGAGGGCGCCCAUUUGAGCUGGCCUGGACCGCAGCCCCUGGAGCCUGCUGCCAUCCUGUCCCUUGCGCUCUCCGUCCCUGGGGGUGUCUGAUGCGGCGAGGCGAGAGGCGGGUGCCGUCCCCAGUUCCCCCGCUCGCGCCCCAGGGCCCUCAUCAUCCCUUCCAGAAAGCCUGCAAAGGAAGCAGUUGAAUGACUUAAACGCUGCGGGGAGUAGCCUGCCUCCUUAACGGGGAGACCUCUGCGGCACGGGGGUGUCUUUUUGGAAGGCUGCUCCUACAGACGGGGUCCCUAAGAAGCCACCUGGGAUUGGAGAAGCGGGCAGGUUGGGGGUCUGGCUCUGGCCAUCUGACUGCAUAAGGACAGGGAUGUGCCUCAGGUGCCCUUCAGCUGCUUUGGGGUUCUGUUGCUUCUGGGGAGUCUGACCAACUGACAGAAACAGAAUAGGAGCAGAUGGGGGGGGGGCAAAAGCCUCCCAAUAGCUCCUCUUUUCCUUUCUUCGAGCUGUGCACCAGAGGGGCUCUAGCUACCUUCUCCUGGGGCAGGUGGGAAAUGGAGGUCGGGGAGACAGUGUUGGAGGGCAAUCAGAAAUCAGAGGACAGAGCCUCGGGUCUGUCUGGACACUUGUCCUCUGGUCGGAGAUUCUCUACUACCAGAUGCCCAUGGACUGCAGUCUCCCAGUGUGGACACCAUGACACCCACGUUCCCCAGACUCAAUGGACUCCUAAGAAAGCUUGAGCAUUUCUUCUGCUAGGAGAUUCAGAAAAGUGUCUCAAGGCACAACAGAGAAUUAUUUUGCGUGCAUACGUAAGACAGCCCUUGUGGGGGUGCCUGGGUGGCUCAGAGGUUGAAGCGGCUGCCUUCAGCUCAGGUCAUGAUCCCGGGGUCCCGGGACUGAGCCCUGCGUGGGGCUCCCUGCUCAGCAGGGAAUCUGCUCCUCCCUCUCCCUCCCCGCACUGGUGUUCUCUCCCUAUCCCUGUCUCCUCUCUCUCAAAUAAAUAAACAUCUCAAAAAUAAAAGAUA